UCGUCACCAUUUCUGUUACUGUUACUGUUACUGUCCUCUGGCGACAGGCGGCGGCGACCACCCCUGAGACUCCGAUGGCGACGGAGAAGGCGCGGCAGCUCCUGGCCCGCCUCGCCGCCACCCCGGACGCCGCCGUUCCUAACCUCCCAUUCGUCCAGCGCGCACUCCUCCUCCCUCUCCUGUCCGCCGCCUCCGUCCUCCUCCGCCUCCCCGUCAUCCUCUCCUCCUCUCCGCUACGCUCGCGACGGACCCUACCGGUCCCCGUCAUCAGCGUAGGCAACCUUACCUGGGGCGGCAACGGAAAGACACCCAUGGUCGACUUCCUGGCCCGCAGGUUUCACGCCAUGGGCGUCUCGCCACUCAUCCUAACAAGGGGUUAUGCAGGCGGCGAUGAAUCUAAGAUGCUCCGGAGGCGCCUUGCUGAUACUUCCACCAAGAUUGGGAUUGGCGCAAACAGGGCUGCUGUGGCUUCUUCCAUGUUGCAAAAGCAUGGCCAUGUCGAUCCUUGUGAUGCCUUCCGCCGGGAGAAGUUUUCGUCAGCGCGCAACCGAGCGGCAACCAGUGAAAGUGCGAAAAUUGGACUCGCUAUACUGGAUGAUGGAAUGCAGCACCAGAGCCUGCUUCGAGAUGUGGAGGUUGUGAUGGUCAAUGGGUUGACACCUUGGGGAAAUACUCAUUUCAUUCCACGAGGCCCCAUGAGGGAACCGUUGAGCACACUUACUCGAGCUGAUAUAGUGGUUAUUCAUCAUGCGGAUCUGGUUUGUGAAGCGCAGCUGGAAACAAUCGCACGUACAGUCCAGGAUAGUGGCGCAACAUGUUCAGUGUUCUUUAGUAAAUUGGCCCCGUCACAUAUUUUCGAGGUUCAUCAACCAUUACAGAAACUAUCUCUUAAUGCGUUGGAUGGCAUGAUCACGUUAUGUGUUUCUGCGAUUGGCUGCCCAGAUGCUUUCAUACGUACAGUCAGAGAGAUUGGUCCACUUAAUGUUGAUAGGUUGGAUUUCAGUGAUCAUCAUUUCUUCAAUGGUCAUGACCUAGAACUAAUCCAAGAAAGAGUGAGGCAGCUUGUGGAUCAACAUAACAAAGAGACCGUUGUCUUAGUUACAGAGAAGGAUUACGACCGUGAUCCAGAUGUCCUUAAAAUGUUGGGUGUGAAGGUUUGGGUUCUGUCUUCUUCUUUGCAAAUUAUGCCCCUCAAGGAACAAGGAGAAGAUGAAUUGAUGAGGAAAUUAAAAGACAUUAUUACAGCAACUAGGCAUGUGGUCCAGCCAUGAGUCGCUGAUGGGGAGUGUAUCUGGUGCACCGAGGCAAUUGGUGCUACCGGUGCACCGGACCCUGUUGCACAUUUUAAAAUGUUCAAAAAAAUUCGAAAAAAAUUAAUGCAUUGACACAACAUCAAUGUAUGUUGUCACAAAAAAUCAAAUCAAAAUUCGAAACAUUGCUCGAGAUACAAAAAUGAUAAAUUCGACAAUUGAAUGGUACAUAACACAAAUUGGGCUUCAGAUUUGGCCCAUUAGCAAAUUGAUGCCGAAUUUGUCAUUUUUGUAUCUCGAGCAAUGUUUCGAAUUUUGAUUUGACUUUUUGUGACAACAUACAUUGAUGUUAUGUCAAUGCACUAAUUAUUUUUCGUAUUUAUUCGAACGUUUUAAAAUCUGCAACGGGGAUCUGGUGCACCGGUAGCACCAAUUGGUCCAGUGCACCAGAUACGUCCCCGUCGCUGAUGAUCUGGUUAUAUUCAGCUGAACAUAUCUUGAAGCAAAACGGUUUUGCCACCGACCUGUUAAUUCUGUAUAAUAUUAUACUCCCUCCGUCUCAAAAUAAGUGUCGUGGUUUUAGUUCGAAUUUGAGCAGAUUUGAACUAAAACCGCGACGCUUAUUUUGGGAUGGAGGGAGUAUCAGAGUUUAACUGGUUAAUUCAAACCCUGUUUCAGCAUUUCGGAAGAUGCAGUAUUUUAGUUUGUUUUUUCAACUGGGUCAGUGGUCUGUACCUCCAGUUAACCUGAACUGGAUCCAACAAGAUAAUGAGAAGGGGAUUCCCGUCUAUUGUUCA